AUAAUGGCUUGUUUCCUACCAGGCAUUACAGCAGAGGAAUCACCAGCAGAGGACUCACCAACGAGGCACUAUCGCCUGAAAAACAGCUCAUUUUGUCUACGAUUAGGGAAUUCAUCGCAAUUUAAAAAUAUUGUGUGGACUUUUAAUAACGAGGUGAUUGUUUUAAAUCAGGAAGUCAAUAGCCACAAAGACACAAUGGAAUAUAAUCCGAGUGACACGUCCUUGUGUAUCAACAAUGUCACUGAGACAGACAGUGGCACCUACAAAAUAUCAUUUGUCAAUAGUCAAAAUAAGUACUCAACGAAGACCCACGUCCUAAUGGUCGAAGGUAAGUUCUAUAUAGUUAUUUAUCUCUAGUAGGUGUUUUGGUCUUUUUGGCCAGUAGAUUUCAUCAUUUAAGAUUGCCAUGGGCGAUACAGAGUUUCUUUACCUUCCAGUGUUUAUGUAAAGACCAUCUUUAAGAUUCAUGACAUGAACAUAUGACCUGUAAUGAAGCUAACCCACCCUUUUAAAUGGAUAUACUUUUUUUUUUUUUUAUUGUGACUUCAACCACGUUCUUCAGUCCAGUGAAGGUCACAUACAAAUCUAAGCAAAUUUGUAGUCCCUAUUCAUUUUCAUGUUAGUAUUUCAUGUUUUUGUCCUCUUGUUUCAGCUCUUUCAGUUAACCAUGAUGUGAGUUUUAAGGAUUUUAUGUUUUAAAAUGCUUGAUAAAGAAUGUAGCUCUGACCCUUAUGUAAAUGUUGGUGUGCUCACAGCUGGCUGCUAACAUAGGCUGUAUAGGCUGCAGUUCCUAUAUAAAAAAAAAAUAACAAACCCAAUUCAGUUUUACAUGCAUAUAUAGUGGAGACAAAUGUGCACUUCAUGUUGUUGUGAAUUAUAUACUCUUGUAUUGAACAGGAAGCUACGUGUAUCUGAGGCCUUUGAAAAUAUUUUGUUGAUGCUGUGAUUCCUACUAGUUGCCACCAGAGAGUGCUAAAUGAUCAAAUGCCUUUAAUCUAUAUUACCUGCUUGGUUGUGUGUUGUUGCAGACACUGUUCCCAGACCUGUGAUCAGGAUAUCAGCAGUGCACUCCAACCUGUCUGCUGGAUUCUGCAACAUCACAGUCAACUGCUCCAUCGGGGAUGAUUGGAUGUGGUCUGUCUGUGCUGAAGACAGUUGCAGAACAUAUCAGAGAUCAUUCGGGAACAUUAACAUCACCAUUACUCCUCAGAACAGAUCUAUUGUCUGCAGUGGCAGUAACCAUGUUAGCACAAGCAAUGUUUCUGAAAGCACACAGGCAGAAUGCUUUGAUAAAGCUAAUUCUGAACCAAAAGAGACACCACAGCCACUCAAGUGGAUAGUGAUAGUGUGUAUAGUGUGUAUUGUGUGUCCAUUUAUUCUGCUUUUGGCUAUAGUGCUCUUUUUAACAAGAUACAAUCGCCAUCAGUCGUCUCCUCCUCUGCUAAUGGAUAACCAGGCAGUGGAGGCACAGCCACAACCUGUACCCAGAGUCUCCUCCUCAUCUUCCAGUUGUGCUGAGGCCUCGUAUGAAAACGUAAAUGCUGGACAGACCAGCAGCCCAUCCAUCAUCCCAGCAGAGCAAAGUCAAAACAUAGAUACCGUCUACAGUUAUUUACAGGCGCCGAAGGUGACUGCCUCUGGUGCCAACAGUGACAGCGCGGAGGUCCGAGUGGCAUCGGCUACACAACCUGUUACUCUGGAUGAGGUGGGACAGCCUGCCCAAAUUGACACAGUGUACAGUGUGUUGCAAAAGCCAAAAAAUCUGAAGUCACAGCACAACCAGUAGUUUGAACAAGAAGCCAAAGAGAUGAACCGGACAAGUGAGAGAAGCCUGUUGCAAAGCGAGCAUGCUGAUAUGGACAUUUAUGAAAUGUUUACUGUAAACUGGAGGACGCAUGCUUACAGAUUAUGCAGUUAUUUUUGUGUGUUUGUUGUUGUAUAUGUAUUCUUGCAAGAGAGGUAGUGAGUCUCAUGCAGUGUUGACAAGUUACCCACAAGUAAUACUUGAGUAAAAAUAAAGAUAUGUUCAAAUAUUAGUUUGGUAAAAGUGAAAGUCAGCCACACCAAUUGUACUUGAGUAAAAGUCUGAAGGUACCUAAAGAACCUGACAGUAAAUGUCCUUAAGUAUCAAAAGUAAUGUUCUUGUGUUUAAUGUACAUGACUCUCAACAGUAAAGUAUACAUAUAUUUACAUGCAUGUAUGUAUGUAUAUACUGUUUACUGGUAUUUGACCGAUUAUUGGCCUGGAGUAUUAUGAGAUCCAAUAUUUAGCAUUUUUCCGAUUAUCGAAAUCAGUGUAUGUUUUAUUUUUUUUGUGGAUAAAAUAAAUUCAUAAAAAAUGCACUUUGUUGGCUGUGAUACAGUAUGCAAUCUGCAAAGUAAAACUAGAAACUAAAAUCCUAUAAUCAAUUCUGAAGAAAGGAAAAAGUACAAUAUUUGCCCAAAGCCAGGAGCAACACUUGUAAAGAGACGAUGGUCUGUCAUCGUUAGGAAUGCUGGGAAAUUGGGAGACAUAUAUGGUGACUGAAUGUUGUGACUCUAUGGUGGCUCUUGUCAACAUUUGUUAGAAUGGUAAACUUUGUGUAUUGAGCUGGAAGAGUAGACACUGUGUUGCAAUCCCUGCAGUGAGUCUAUGUUUUCCCACAGAUUUUAUUGUUUGACUCAGGAACAACUUUCUAUCCAUAUCAGGCCGACGGGCCGGUCUUCUACUUGGUAUCUAUUUAUUCAGUGUCACUAUUGAAGUAAUGUUCCUCUAAGAGUGUUGAAAAACCUGCAGCACCCAGCUUUAACUGAAACAGCAGUACAGAGUUGGAAUAUAUUGUUCAUGAAGAAUUUGUUUACAUCAGGUUGAUGAGUAAGUCAGUCAGUGUACUUGAUAGACUCCAGUCACUGUGCAGGUGAAAUAAAAGCUUUUUCCACAGAUCACCACAGGGGGGCGUCAAACCACACUAACUGAUACUGACACAAUGCAUGUGCUGCUUUUUACCUCUGAGACGAGGGCGGCUGUAGUGAAGUCCCAGGAUGUCAAGUCAAGGUUACCUGAGAGCCUCAUUCUCAAAGAGUUGUAGUUCUCUCUAAGUGAUAAAACUCUUCAUGUUCUUUGACUCAUUCUCAGCUGAAAAUGUCACCCUGCUUUACUCUGCAACUGAAUUUCUACCACAAGUAAAAAAAAAGGUGGAAAAAAUGACACUUCUUAGGUGUGAAUGAUGACACUGUCUAAUUGUUGGUAUCUCAGCACCACGUCUUUAUGUGUGAAACUGCACUGGAAACACUAAUGCUGAUGAGAACUGGCUUUGUGUGUUCCUUCUCAUGCUAAGACAUGCUAUAGUUUGUUUUAAUAUUUUGUCACUUAAACUGCAUUAAAUGCACAAAUAUGCGGUCUGACGUGCAAUGAUUACCGUUAAUGCCACUAUUUCUUUUGACAUUUUUUGUGACCAGGAAGAAGAGACAAAUUGAUAUAUAAUGUUAACUAAUACUGCCUAUAGCUGAAUAAAUAAGUUUGCAACAUAAUGCCUUGUUCAACACUUUGAUGAAUAGUGUUGGGGAGGUCACAUGAUUUGUGAGGCUGCACAGAGAGAGACAGUUUCCUUCCUGAUUUAGAUUGGAUCAUCCUGUAGAUUACUGCUGCCUCAGUUGGGAACAUUUUAUCAGAACAUUCAGAGAAUUGUUCAGUUUUAAUCACACAAUUUAAAGGCAGUACUGUAGAGGAGAGUGUCUCCUCCCCCAGCACAGGAACUCAGUCUCACUUUAGGGUGGUUUUACCACAACUGCACCCACAGGAAGUGACUGAGCUCGGAGAAAAACAGAAAUAGUGUCAUGAACAGAAGUGAGCAUGCAGAGUGCAGAGAGCCCUUUCUCACAGCUCCGCUCUGUAGCAUCACCAGUACUCUGGCUCAGACUUCACACAGUAUGUCAUUUAGCAGCAGUGAAGUGAUUUAGCUCUCUCUGAUGGUGUCAGUUUACAAAAAAAAUUAGGAGGACCAAUAUCAGUUUUCAAAUCUGAUUUUGGGAAAAUACUAAGAGAGAACAGUCAGGGAAAACCCACUUAAAUUUAAAAGACAGUGGCAUAACAGAGGUCCACCCCAGGUAGAGACAAAUAUAAGUUUUAAAAAACAAGGAACAUUUCAUUUGUGAUGAGUCUCAGUUUAAUAAUGAUGGCUCUCUAUGACCUACAUGGCAAAAAGGACCAUCAGCGAGAAGACUGUAGUUAUUCCGAAUGCAGCACAACUCAAACUGUAUCAGAAAUUGAUUGAAGCCUCUUGUGAUUCACCUCUGUACAUUUUCUCUCUGAAAUAAGGUCCCAUGAGGUCGACCAGAAAGGGCCUCACUUCACCUCUCUAUAAUAAAGGGUCUAAAUACAAGAUACAAGAACUGUUAGAUGGCAUAACAUAUACAGAGAAGAUAACAAUAAAAUGUUAGUGUGAUGUAAUAAGAUUUAAUUCAACUGAUCUUAUGUUUCUUAAAUGUGAAAUAAGGAUGAGGAACAAACCUUUGCAAAAUAGAUGAGCUGAUAAUUUAUUCACAGUGGACAGGAAAUGUAAAUGUGUCAAAGUAUGCUGCGGUCAACAUCACUGCAGUUGUUUGAGCUUUGUGUGAAAGGGAAGAAAGAACAGAGUGAGAACUGCACUCAGACGAGGAAGUUGAUGAAAAACUCUGCUCUCACAUUCACAGAAAAUUUAACUUCUCUUUUCUUUCUGCUGCAUUUUUAUUAAUACGAAGUAGGAAGUUUGAUCAGAAACAGAGUGACAGUGUCGGUGCUGGAUGUGAAGAUGGGGCACACUCUGCUCGCUGUGCUCGGGUUAUUCUUGCUGAAUACACUCCUGUACGGACAUGCUGAAGCAGGUAGAAGUAAAGCCACACUGACAGCAGACAGGACAAUCAUACCACUGGGGGGCAGCGUGACACUGACAUGUUCUGUGGAGGAUCCUGCUGGAUUCAGAUAUGAGUGGUUCAGACAGACGUCAGACUAUUCUCGGAAAACUUCUCUUCAGACCAAAAAUGUUGAAGAAUCAUACAGAGUUAUCUCACAAGGAGGCAAAUACACCUGCAGAGGAUGGAGAAGAGAACCAUAUGUCGUCACACCUGAUAGUAAUGAAGUCAUCAUUUAUGAAACUGGUCAACAUAGAGUCGCACUGACAGCAGACAGCACAAUCAUACCACUGUGGGACAGCGUGACACUGAGAUGUUCUGUGGAGGAUCCUGCUGGAUUCAGAUAUGAGUGGUUCAGACAGAAGUCAGACUAUCCUCGGAAAACUUCUCUUCAGACCGAAAAUGUUGAAGAAUCAUACAGAGUUAUCUCACAAGGAGGGAAAUACACCUGCAGAGGAUGGAGAAAUGAGCCAUAUGUCGUCACACCUGAUAGUAAUGCAGUCAUCAUUGAGGAAACUGUUUCCAACAGGGUCACUUUGACCCUUCAACCCAACUGGCCUCAGAUAUUCAGAGGAGAGACGAUCACCCUCAGAUGUGACAUCCAGGGAGGUGGAGUUAAUCAGUGGAUGUAUGAAUGGACUAAAGACAACUUAAACAUACCAACAUACAAUGAACACAGGAGAAUCAGAGCUACUGAGGCUGACAGUGGAGAAUACAGGUGUAAAGGAAGAAGAGACUCAUAUUCCUCAACAAGGUGGAGUGAUGUCAUCACAUUGACAGUAUCAUCAAACAGACCAAAGGCUGAACUGAGGGCUGAUGACAGAGACAUUCCUGUAGGGGGCAGUGUGACCCUGACCUGCUCUGUGAAGCCAUCAUCAUCUGGUUGGAAAUACUUCUGGUACAGAGGAGAGAAAACAUCUGAACCUCUGAGCUCUCAAGUCUCAGCUGGACCAAUCAGAGUGUCAGAGGGAGGAGUCUACUGGUGCAGAGGAGGAAGAGGAGAUCCAGUGUUUUACACUGAUUACAGUCAACCUCAGUUUGUCUGGUCUGCAGAUUUUCACUCAUCAGCGUCUCUCACAGUGAGUCCUGACAGAGCUCAACACUUCACCUCUGACUCUGUCUCACUGAGCUGUGAGGGAAACUCUACUGAGUGGAGAGUGAGGAGGUCACCUGAGAACAGAUACCUGUCAGACUGCUCCACCUGGGGGACAAUGACUGGAUCUACAUGCAAACUAAACACUUACAGGCUCAGUGAUGCAGUGUACUGGUGUGAGUCUGGAUCAGGAGAGUUCAGCAACUCAGUCAACAUCACUAUACAGAAUAAAAAUAUGAUCCUGCUGAGCCCUGCCCGUCCUGUGACUGAGGGAGAUUCUGUUAGUCUGAGCUGCAAAUUAAGAAACCAAAAAUUUGACUCCACUGUGUUUUUCUAUCACAAUGAGAAAGUCAUUCAAAAUGACACCAGAUGGGAGUUAAAUAUCUCUGCAGUGUCAAAGUCAGAUGAAGGAUUCUACAAGUGUCAACACUCAGGACAAGAGUCAGCACAGAGCUGGAUGUCAGUUCAGGCAGUGUCCAGGCCUGAACGCUCUUCAUUUCCUGUUCUGUUGAUUGUUGGGCUGAUUUGUGGAAUCGUUCUUAUUUUUCUUCUGCUCCUGUUGUAUCGCUACAGAUCUUCCAAGUAUACAUGCUUCAAGAGGCCGAUCCAGUCUGAGAGCUCCAACACAGAUCAGAAUGAGGCUCAGUGCAGCACAUACUCCUCUCCUGAACAUGGUGAUGUCUGUCUGUAUGAAACAAUCAAACACUCUGAAGACUCUGAACAUGGAUCAUUGACUGUAAAUAAAGAUGGACGACAUGACAGCUCCCCAAAAGUGAAGCCAGAACAUCUGGAACUGCUGUUGCAGGUGGAUCGCAGGACGUCACAUAUUCUUCAAUUGAACUUAAAAGCUUUGGGAAGAGGAGUGAGUACUCUGAAUACAGGAAGGAAGCAACAUACACCAGAGGAGAGAUCAGUUUACUCUGAUGUGAGGACAGGAGCUGCAGACGACAGUCUGCUGUAUGCCCAAGUCUUCAGCCACGAUAAAGGCAAGAAGAAGAAGAAGAAAGGAAGAUCAGCUCCUGCAGCAGCAGAUGAAACAUUUUAUUCUGAAGUCAAACCAGGAUCAUCUCUCGGUCUGAAUGUACUGAUUGUGCAGAAUGUAUUUGAUCCUCUAUCAACACAUGUUUUCAUUGUGAAAACUCAUUUUCCAACAGAAGCCCAGUCUGUCCUCACUGUGUCUCCAUCAUGGCUGAGUGCUGGAGCCUCAGUAACUCUGAACUGCAGAGUUAAAGAUCAAUCUUCAGGAUGGAGGUUCUACUGGUAUAAGACUGUUCCUGAUCCAUCAGACAACUUCUACAGCUAUGAGCUGCUACCUGGCAGCAGCAGUGGGACUGAACAGGAUUCCUACAUUGUUGAUGGACAGACACACACAGCAGGAUAUGUGUGCAGAGCUGGAAGAGGAGAUCCAGUGUUUUACACUGAUUACAGUCAACCUCAGUUUGUCUGGUCUGCAGAUUUUCACUCAUCAGCGUCUCUCACAGUGAGUCCUGACAGAGCUCAACACUUCACCUCUGACUCUGUCUCACUGAGCUGUGAGGGAAACUCUACUGAGUGGAGAGUGAUGAGGUCACCUGAGAACAGAUACCUGUCAGACUGCUCCACCUGGAGGACAAUGACUGGAUCUACAUGCAAACUAAACACUUACGGGCUCAGUGAUGCAGUGUACUGGUGUGAGUCUGGAUCAGGAGAGUUCAGCAACUCAGUCAACAUCACUAUACAGAAUAAAAAUAUGAUCCUGCUGAGCCCUGCCCGUCCUGUGACUGAGGGAGAUUCUGUUAGUCUGAGCUGCAAAUUAAGAAACCAAAAAUUUGACUCCACUGUGUUUUUCUAUCACAAUGAGAAAGUCAUUCAAAAUGACACCAGAUGGGAGUUAAAUAUCUCUGCAGUGUCAAAGUCAGAUGAAGGAUUCUACAAGUGUCAACACUCAGGACAAGAGUCAGCACAGAGCUGGAUGUCAGUUCAGGCAGUGUCCAGGCCUGAAAGCUCUUCAGUUCCUUUUCUGUUGAUUGUUGGGCUGGUUUGUGGAGUCGUUCUUGUUAUUCCUCUGCUAGUUUUGUUUUGCUACAGAGCGUCCGAUGAUUCAUGCUUUGUCAGACCAGUCCAGUCUGAGAGCUCCAACACAGAUCAUGUGGACUACGAGGUUGAUAAUUACUCCACUCUCCUCCAUGGUGAUGUUUGUCUCUAUGAAACAAUCAGAGGACAUCAAGAAGCUGAACAUGAUUCCUGCUUUGUCAGACCAGUCCAAUCUGAGAGCUCCAACACAGAUCAUGUGGACUCUGAGAAUGAUCAUUACUCCACUCUCCUCCAUGGUGAUGUUUGUCUCUACGAAACAAUCAGAGACGACCAAGAAGCUGAACAUGUUUCCAACACGGCCACUUUGACCCUUCAACCCAACUGGCCUCAGAUAUUCAGAGGAGAGACGAUCACCCUCAGAUGUGACAUCCAGGGAGGUGGAGUUAAUCAAUGGAUGUAUGAAUGGACUAAAGACAACUUAAACAUAACUCCAACACACAAUGAACACAGAAUAAUCAGUGCUACUGAGGCUGACAGUGGAGAAUACAGGUGUAAAGGAAGAAGAGACUCAUAUUCCUCAACACGGUGGAGUGAUGUCAUCACACUGACAGUAUCAUCAAACAGACCAAAGGCUGAACUGAGGGCUGAUGACAGAGACAUUCCUGUAGGGGGCAGUGUGACCCUGACCUGCUCUGUGAAGCCAUCAUCAUCUGGUUGGAAAUACUUCUGGUACAGAGGAGAGAAAACAUCUGAACCUCUGAGCUCUCAACUCUCAGCUGGACCAAUCAGAGCCUCAGAGGGAGGAGUCUACUGGUGCAGAGGAGGAAGAGGAGAUCCAGUUUACUACACAGAGUACAGUGAUCCAGUCACUAUCUACAAAAAGGUUCCAAACAAGGCUGUUGUGACUCUGCAGCCAAACUGGUCUGAAAUAUUCAGAGGAGAGAGGAUCACUCUCAGAUGUGAGAUCAAAGAUGGAGGAGACACUGAGUGGGAGUAUGAAUGGAGAACAAGCAGCUCAGAAAAACCUUCAAAUCAAAAUGAACUCAGCAUUAGAUCUGUUUCUGCAUCCCACAGUGGAGUCUACAGGUGUAAGGGCAGAAAGAAAAGAGAAAAGUCUUCAACAGAUUGGAGUGAUUCCUUCAACCUGACAGUAUCAGACACAAACAGACCAAAGGCUGAACUGAGGGCUGGUGACAGAGACAUUCCUGUAGGGGGCAGUGUGACCCUGACCUGCUCUGUGAAGCCAUCACCAUCUGGUUGGAAAUACUUCUGGUACAGAGGAGAGAAAACAUCUGAACCUCUGAGCUCUCAACUCUCAGCUGGACCAAUCAGAGUCUCAGAGGGAGGAGUCUACUGGUGCAGAGGAGGAAGAGGAGAUCCAGUUUACUACACAGAGUACAGUGAUCCAGUCACUAUCCAUGAAAAUGUUCCAAACAAGGCUGUUGUGACUCUGCAGCCAAACUGGUCUGAAAUAUUCAGAGGAGAGAGGAUCACUCUCAGAUGUGAGAUCAAAGAUGGAGGAGACACUGAGUGGGAGUAUGAAUGGAGAACAAGCAGCUCAGAAAAACCUUCAAAUCAAAAUGAACUCAGCAUUAGAUCUGUUUCUGCAUCCCACAGUGGAGUCUACAGGUGUAAGGGCAGAAAGAAAAGAGAAAAGUCUUCAACAGAUUGGAGUGAUUCCUUCAUACUGACAGUAUCAGACAAGGCACCCCGGUCUGUCCUCACUGUGUCUCCAUCAUGGCUGAGUGCUGGAGCCUCAGUAACUCUGAACUGCAGAGUUAAAGAUCAAUCUGCAGGAUGGAGGUUCUACUGGUAUAAGACUGUUCCUAAAAUAUCAAAAAAUGUAUACAGCAAUGAGCUGUUAUCUGGUAACAGCAGUGGGACUGAACAGGAUUCCUACAUUGUUGAUGGACAGACACACACAGCAGGAUAUGUGUGCAGAGCUGGAAGAGGAGAUCCAGUGUUUUACACCAAUUACAGUCAACCCCAGUUUGUCUGGUCUGCAGAUUUUCACUCAUCAGCGUCUCUCACAGUGAGUCCUGACAGAGCUCAACACUUCACCUCUGACUCUGUCUCACUGAGCUGUGAGGGAAACUCUACUGAGUGGAGAGUGAGGAGGUCACCUGAGAACAGAUACCUGUCAGACUGCUCCACCUGGAGGACAAUGACUGGAUCUACAUGCACACCAAAGACUUACUGGCUCGGUGAUGCAGUGUACUGGUGUGAGUCUGGAUCAGGAGAGUUCAGCAACUCAGUCAACAUCACUAUACAGAAUAAAAAUAUGAUCCUGCUGAGCCCUGCCCGUCCUGUGACUGAGGGAGAUUCUGUUAGUCUGAGCUGCAAAUUAAGAGCUCAAAAAAAUGUUUCCAUUGUAUUUUUCUAUCACAAUGAGAAAGUCAUUCAAAGUGACACCAGAUGGGAGUUAAAUAUCUCUGCAGUGUCAAAGUCAGAUGAAGGAUUCUACAAGUGUCAACACUCAGGACAAGAGUCAGCACAGAGCUGGAUGUCAGUUCAGGCAGGUAGACGUUCAGUCACACUGACAGCAGACAGGACAAUCAUACCACUGGGGGGCAGCGUGACACUGACAUGUUCUGUGGAGGAUCCUGCUGGAUUCAAAUAUCAGUGGAUCAGACAGACGUCAGACUCUUCUGGAAAAACUUCUCUUCAGACCGAAAAUAUUGAUGAAUCAAACAGAGUUAUCUCACAAGGAGGCAAAUACACCUGCAGAGGAUUGAGAAGUGAACCACAUGUCAUCACACCUGAUAGUAAUGCAGUCAUCAUUUUUGAAACUGUUUCCAACAGAGUCACGUUGACCCUUCAACCCAACUGGCCUCAGAUAUUCAGAGGAGAGACGAUCACCCUCAGAUGUGACAUCCAGGGAGGUGGAGUUAAUCAAUGGAUGUAUGAAUGGACUAAAGACAACUUAAACAUAACUCCAACACACAAUGAACACAGGAUAAUCAGAGCUACUGAGGCUGACAGUGGAGAAUACAGGUGUAAAGGAAGAAGAGACUCAUAUUCCUCAACACGGUGGAGUGAUGUCAUCACACUGACAGUAUCAUCAAACAGACCAAAGGCUGAACUGAGGGCUGAUGACAGAAACAUUCCUGUAGGGGGCAGUGUGACCCUGACCUGCUCUGUGAAGCCAUCAUCAUCUGGUUGGAAAUACUUCUGGUACAGAGGAGAGAAAACAUCUGAACCUCUGAGCUCUCAACUCUCAGCUGGACCAAUCAGAGUCUCAGAGGGAGGAGUCUACUGGUGCAGAGGAGGAAGAGGAGAUCCAGUUUACUACACAGAGUACAGUGAUCCAGUCACUAUCUACAAAAAGGUUCCAAACAAGGCUGUUGUGACUCUGCAGCCAAACUGGUCUGAAAUAUUCAGAGGAGAGAGGAUCACUCUCAGAUGUGAGAUCAAAGAUGGAGGAGACACUGAGUGGGAGUAUGAAUGGAGAACAAGCAGCUCAGAAAAACCUUCAAAUCAAAAUGAACUCAGCAUUAGAUCUGUUUCUGCAUCCCACAGUGGAGUCUACAGGUGUAAGGGCAGAAAGAAAAGAGAAAAGUCUUCAUCAGAUUGGAGUGAUUCCUUCAUACUGACAGUAUCAGACAAAGCCCAGUCUGUCCUCACUGUGUCUCCAUCAUGGCUGAGUGCUGGAGCCUCAGUAACUCUGAACUGCAGAGUUAAAGAUCAAUCUGCAGGAUGGAGGUUCUACUGGUAUAAGACUGUUCCUGAUCCAUCACACAACUUCUACAGCUAUGAGCUGCUACCUGGCAGCAGCAGUGGGACUGAACAGGAUUCCUACAUUGUUGAUGGACAGACACACACAGCAGGAUAUGUGUGCAGAGCUGGAAGAGGAGAUCCAGUGUUUUACACUGAUUACAGUCAACCUCAGUUUGUCUGGUCUGCAGAUUUUCACUCAUCAGCGUCUCUCACAGUGAGUCCUGACAGAGCUCAACACUUCACCUCUGACUCUGUCUCACUGAGCUGUGAGGGAAACUCUACUGAGUGGAGAGUGAGGAGGUCACCUGAGAACAGAUACCUGUCAGACUGCUCCACCUGGAGGACAAUGACUGGAUCUACAUGCAAACUAAAGACUUACCAGCUCAGUGAUGCAGUGUACUGGUGUGAGUCUGGAUCAGGAGAGUUCAGCAACUCAGUCAACAUCACUAUACAGGAUAAAAAUAUGAUCCUGCUGAGCCCUGCCCGUCCUGUGACUGAGGGAGAUUCUGUUAGUCUGAGCUGCAAAUUAAGAAACCAAACAUUUGACUCCAUUGUGUUUUUCUAUCACAAUGAGAAAGUCAUUCAAAGUGACACCAGAUGGGAGUUAAAUAUCUCUGCAGUGUCAAAGUCAGAUGAAGGAUUCUACAAGUGUCAACACUCAGGACAAGAGUCAGCACAGAGCUGGAUGUCAGUUCAGGCAGUGUCCAGGCCUGAAAGCUCUUCAGUUCCUGUUCUGUUGAUUGUUGGGCUGGUUUGUGGAGUCGUUCUUGUUAUUCCUCUGCUAGUUUUGUUUUGCUACAGAGCGUCCGAUGAUUCAUGCUUUGUCAGACCAGUCCAGUCUGAGAGCUCCAACACAGAUCAUGUGGACUCUGAGAAUGAUCAUUACUCCACUCUCCUCCAUGGUGAUGUUUGUCUCUAUGAAACAAUCAGAGGACGUAAAGAAGCUGAACAUGAUUCAUGCUUUGUCAGACCAGUCCAGUCUGAGAGCUCCAACACAGAUCAUGUGGACUACGAGGUUGAUCAUUACUCCACUCUCCUCCAUGGUGAUGUUUGUCUUUAUGAAACAUUCAGAGGACGUCAAGAAGCUGAACAUGAUUCAUGCUUUGUCAGACCAGUCCAGUCUGAGAGCUCCAACACAGAUCAUGUGGACUCUGAGAAUGAUCAUUACUCCACUCUCCUCCAUGGUGAUGUUUGUCUCUAUGAAACAAUCAGAGACGACCAAGAAGCUGAACAUGAUUCAUGCUUUGUCAGACCAGUCCAGUCUGAGAGCUCCAACACAGAUCAUGUGGACUACGAGGUUGAUCAUUACUCCACUCUCCUCCAUGGUGAUGUUUGUCUCUAUGAAACAAUCAGAGACGACCAAGAAGCUGAACAUGAUUCAUGCUUUGUCAGACCAGUCCAGUCUGAGAGCUCCAACACAGAUCAUGUGGACUCUGAGAAUGAUCAUUACUCCACUCUCCUCCAUGGUGAUGUUUGUCUCUAUGAAACAAUCAGAGACGGUCAAGAAGCUGAACAUGUUCAAUAAAGAAAUCUGCACCAACUAAACCAAUGGAACGGACGACAACAUGAAAACAUAUUAACAACACAUAUUCUCAGGUGUGAUAAUAUGUGAGGUCAAGAGAGAAUGUCAGUAUGUAAGGUGAGCGAUGGCUAUGCAGGGUGAAAAGGUAACCAUUAUAUGUGAGGUUAAAGGUAAAGAACAAAGUUUUUAUUACAGCUGGCAGCAUUUCAUUAGACUGCUGUAGAAAUAUGAGACAUGCUCAGUAUUCUGUACAGUUAAUUUGUUAGCAGAUGAUGUCAAAUAAUGGCUUCAUGUGGAUUUUAUUAUUGUCUCUUUUAGCACAAGACUACAGCAGAAUCCCUGUUUUAUUUACACACUUCAUCAUUACUUUUCAUUUUUACAGUUGUGUUGUCACCUUUUGUUUUUGUUCAGUGUUUGUAGGAAACAUUGAAUGCAACUUUGAUACAAUAUGUUUGAGCUUGUGUAGCAGGUACCAGCUUUAAAGUCAGCGUCUUUGUUAAGUGUUAGAUCAGGAUAGACGUCAACACUGACUUUUGAUAGAAGUAAUAAUCUGCUAUCAAACAACAUCUCCUAUUGCAUGUACAGUAUGUCUGUUUUCUCUCUGUCAUUUUCAAGUUAACUGUGAGGUAUUGUGUGUAUUUUUUCACCUCAAAGUCUCUUAUAUUCAUCGUAUUUUAAAAUGUUUUGAAUAUUUUCUACAUCAAUAAACAGUUUGUCUUAGCCUUUGAUGCUAAGAAAGUGAUUAUUCUCUUUGACUGAACUUAUUGCGUCACAGCUGCUGCAGGAUGACUAACUGGACACAGGCCGGCUUUGAGAGAGGGUGGGGUGUUGUCUGUUCAUGAGAAGUUUCCCUUUUGCUGGAGCUCAGUCACUUCCUGUGAGUGUCAUUGUGACCAAACUCGAAACCAGGAUUUCAUCAUAAAGGGAUGAUGUGUAAUUAU